AUGGGUUCCAUUCCAACCCCUUCCAAGAAGACCUUCGAUGUCCUCAUCAUUGGCUCUGGCCUCUCCGGCCUGGCCAGUCUCCACCACAUUCGCAAACAGAUGCCCGACUGCCGCGUCCAGGUCCUCGAUAACGGCGCUGAUGUCGGCGGAACAUGGUUCUGGAACCGCUACCCCGGCUGCCGGUUCGACUGCGAGUCCGUGUCAUACGGCUACUCUUUUGACAAGGAGCUGUUGCAAGAGUGGCACUGGAAGGAGGCAUUCUCUCCCCAGGCAGAGACUCACAAGUACAUUCGCCGCUUUGCCGAAAAGAACGACCUGUACUCCCACAUCCAGUUCAACACCUCUGUCAAGUCCGCACGCUGGGACGACGACACGCGCACAUGGACGUUUGUCGACCAGGACGGAAACCAAUACGUUACCACAUUUUUCCUGAGCUGCAUCGGCUUUCUUUCCACGCCGUCGCUCCCAGCUAUCCCCGGUAUCGAGAACUUCAAGGGCACCUCUUUUCACACCUCGCGAUGGCCCGAGGACCUUAACGUCAGCCGUGACUUUGCUGGCAAGCGGGUCGGAGUCAUCGGAACCGGCGCGACGGGUAUUCAGACCAUCACAGCUCUGUCCAAGGAGCCAAGCAUCAAGUCGCUGAGCGUAUUCCAACGGACGGCCACCUGGACAGUGCCUCUUCGCAACUACGACAUUUCAGCUCAAAAGAUGGACGAGCUGAAGAAUAGCUACGACGAUAUCUUCAAGAUCUGUCGUUCUACGCCAUCUGGAUUUAUGCACAUGGCCGACCCCAGAAAGACUAUGGAGGUCUCAGAGAAGGAGCGCCUCGCUCUCUGGGAGAAACUCUACAAUGAGCCUGGCUUUGGCAAGUGGCAGGGCGUUUUCAGCGAUGCUUACACCGACCGCCAAGCCAACGAGUUGUACUCCAAGUUUAUUGCCGAGAAAAUUCGACAGAGAGUGCAUGACCCGGAGACCGCGGAGAGUAUGAUUCCCAAGACCCAUGGCUUCGGAACUCGCCGCGUACCCCUGGAGAGCGGAUAUUUCGAGGCUUUCAACCAGGACAAUGUGCACCUCGUCGACCUGAAGAAGGCGCCUAUUACCGAGGUAACCUCGAAGGGAUUUGUUACUGCAGAUGGCAAGGAGCAUGAGCUUGAUAUUCUCAUCUAUGCCACUGGAUUUGACGCCAUCACUGGCUCUUUCAGCGCCAUCGAGUGGCAAGGCAAGGACGGCCGCCCCUUGAUCGCGCCAAGCGGAACCCCCAAGGGUGAGAAGGCCGUCUGGGUUGACAACAGGCCCUACACCUACCUUGGAAUGACGGUCCCGUCUAUGCCCAAUAUGUUUAUGGUUCUCGGCCCGCACCAGCCGUUCGGCAACGCCACGCGCAACAUCGAGCAUGCCGUGCAGGUUGUUGUGGAUCUUCUGCAGCACUGCAGGCAGAAUGGGUACACAUAUGUUGAAGCGACGCAAGAAGCUGCAGACGGGUGGACUGAGCAUGUUUUCGAGUGCAGCAAGGGAUCUCUGGUUAACGAAGUUGAUAGUUGGAUGACGGGCGUCAACACCAAUAUUAAGGGCAAGCAGGUACGCAGUGUAGUAAGAUACGGUGGUUCGGCGCAGGAAUACCAGAGGCGGUGCCGCGAGGUCAAGGAGACUGGCUACAAGGGGUUGGUACUAGCUUAG